UUUUUUUCAUAUUCUUCCCUUUAUGUCUCUCUGAGUCUGAGCUAUGCACCACCACCACAACCACAACCUUGUUCAACUUCAACUCAGAACUUGAAGCGCGUGCCUGUGUCCCUCUGCUCUAAGAUCCAAAAGUUUAUCUCUUUUUGAUUCAUCUUCCAAAUUCCCAUCACAAUCUUCUUCUUCAAUCACUCAAUUUCAAACAAUCUUAUCCCAUUCUCAAAUCCCAAGCACUGUUUCCAAUGCCCCCCCUAUUUAUCCACUUCCUUUCGCAUUGUUUGUGAUUAUAUUUAUCGCCAUAGUAGAUCCUUCAAGUUCCUGUCUUUUCAGUCACAGUCGCUAUAUUCGCCGGAAAACUCUACUGGGUCGGUUUUAUUUUUUCCUGUUGAGCUCGCUCUCGUUGAGAGGUGUUUUUCCCCUUUUGAUUUGAGUUUCUCUUUGCAAUUGGAUUAUUCCUUUGUGAUCUGGGGCUGGUGGGGUUGUCUGUCUCUUUUUGCUGGAUUUUUGAACUGGAAGUGGGUGGUUGGGUUAUCUGGAUUUGAGUUGAGAGUAUUGUUCGUUGGAUGUACCUAUUGGUUUGAAGGAUUUUUUAUGCUUUAGGUACGAAGAUGCAUCCUGAUCAGAGGAAAAAGUCUGUGGAUGUAGAUUUCUUUACUGAAUAUGGUGAAGGGAGUAGAUACAAAAUAGAGGAAGUCAUUGGUAAAGGAAGCUAUGGAGUUGUUUGCUCUGCAUACGAUACACACACCGGGGAAAAGGUUGCUAUAAAGAAAAUCAAUGACAUAUUUGAACACGUUUCUGACGCCACUCGCAUUCUUCGCGAGAUUAAGCUUCUUAGACUUUUACGUCAUCCGGAUAUUGUGGAGAUCAAGCAUAUUCUGUUACCUCCUUCUAGAAGGGAAUUCAAAGAUAUCUAUGUUGUUUUCGAACUCAUGGAAUCUGAUUUACAUCAGGUCAUCAAAGCAAAUGAUGAUCUGACACCAGAACAUUACCAGUUUUUCCUCUAUCAGCUUCUUCGAGGCUUGAAAUAUAUACAUACAGCAAAUGUUUUUCACCGAGAUUUAAAGCCCAAAAACAUAUUAGCAAAUGCUGACUGCAAAUUGAAGAUUUGUGAUUUUGGUCUUGCCAGAGUGGCUUUUAAUGAUACACCCACUGCUAUAUUCUGGACAGAUUAUGUUGCAACAAGGUGGUAUAGGGCUCCUGAGUUGUGCGGAUCCUUUUUCUCCAAGUAUACACCAGCUAUAGACAUAUGGAGCAUUGGCUGCAUUUUUGCCGAACUUUUAACUGGAAAACCUCUUUUCCCUGGAAAGAAUGUUGUCCAUCAACUGGACCUCAUGACUGAUUUUCUUGGAACACCAUCUCCUGAAGCCAUAGCCAGGGUACGGAAUGAGAAGGCUCGGAGAUACUUGAGCAGUAUGCGUAAGAAGAGGCCAAUUCCUUUCACACAUAAGUUUCCUAAUGCAGACCCCCUUGCUCUUCGUUUGCUAGAAAGAAUGCUGGCAUUUGAGCCUAAAGAUCGGCCUACUGCUGAAGAGGCCCUAGCAGAUCCAUAUUUUAAAGGCUUGGCCAAGGUUGAAAGAGAACCUUCUGCUCAGCCAGUUACCAAGAUGGAGUUUGAAUUUGAGAGGCGCAGGAUAACAAAGGAAGAUGUACGAGAGCUUAUAUACCGAGAGACUCUGGAAUACCAUCCCAAGAUGUUAAAGGAAUUUCUUGAGGGAGCAGAGCCAACAGGUUUCAUGUAUCCAAGUGCUGUGGACCACUUCAAGAAGCAAUUUGCAUAUCUUGAGGAGCAUUAUGGCAAAGGGGGAACAGUUGCUCCUCCUGAGAGGCAGCAUGCAUCAUUACCCAGAGCAUGCGUGUCAUAUUCUGAUAACACAAUACAGAAUACGGCUGAGGUUGCAGAUGAUCUAUCCAAAUGUUGCAUCAAAGAAGUUCAGAAACCACCCAUAGAUAGGAGUAGUGCUAUUCCGAUGACUCGGGUUCCCGUACAAGCUCCUCAAAAUAUUCAAGGUGUUGCUGCAAGGCCCGGAAAAGUUGUAGGUUCAGUAAUGCGUUACAAUAACUGUGGGGUGGCAGUGACAGCAGAGACCGAUCAGCGGAGGGUGGUUAGGAAUCCAUCUGUUUCAGCUCAGUAUGCCGCUUCAAGCGGUUCAUAUCCUAGGAGAAAUCCAAGCUAUAAAAAUGAGAGGCCAGAUGAUGAUGGGAUUGAAGGUUCCAAUGGACUGCAGCCAAAGCCUCAAUACAUGGCUAGAAAAGUUGCUGCUGGUCAAGGCGGAGCUGGUGGUCAGUGGUAUUGAUUUUGGACAUGUUAAAUAUAUUUGGAUUACAACUAAUUUGUGCCGUGAAGCUCUGAUUCCUGGGUUUCAUCUAAUCCUGUUCACCUGAACUUCAAAAGUUUGAUGUGACAUAACCUUGACUUAUCAAACAAUGGUAGAGGUUGAGAGACUCAAGUAUAAAGAAAGAGUUUCUAGCACACGAUUUCUGAGAUCUUGCAAUGUGAAGUUUGGAAGGGUCCAAUUGAUGGCUCGCACUCUAAUUUAUUAAUAACAAUGAAUAUGAUAUAUGUGAAAAGCCUUCAACUUGAAGGCUGAACAUUUGCUUUACUUCAUUGCAGAAUUGUUGUCACUUUUACGAUGACAAAAAUAAUGUAUUAUUGUUUUUAAAUUCUGAUAUUUUUAGGCAAAA